AUGAGGAUGAAAUCAUGGUCGCCCACCCGUCACCGGAAACAGCACAAGGAUGGGUCGGGGCGCUGCUAUCUCAUGGAGCUCCCCACGGAGCUAUUGCUGGAGAUCGUCUCCCACUUAACCCUGGUCCCCGAGGCAGCAUUGGCCCUCACCUGUAAGCGCAUGCUAGCCAUCUCGGGCAGCAUUCUGAAAUCACAAUCACUCCGGUUCGGUCGAGACUUUGCGCCUCUUUUCCACCACUAUCGGAAUGGACACAACUUUGCCACCCCCCGAUGGCAAUUUCUCAAUUUGCUGGAAGAUGGGCGGUGGCAUAUAUGCUCUAAAUGCUUGAAAUUGCACCCUCGGGCGGCUUUCACCAGUCGAGAGCUGAGGCGAAAACCUGAGCAUCGCUCAUGCAACCUUGGUGACCUAGCUGGAAUCGUGGACCUGUGUCCCUGCAAGAAGCUCACAUUCCGGGACAAGUUGGAUUUGAUAGAUCACCUCUCUUCGUACCGAUACUGCUGGCACUCAUGCCUUGAAAAUUACGGACCCACACAAAUGAAGAUCUCGAUCUACCCAGAACUUGACGAGAAUGACCAAUUGCGGGUGCGAACUGAGUACGAAAUGACCACAGAAGCAGGUCAAGUGGGCAAGGAAGCGUACAUGACACCCCGAUUUGGCUGCGCCCAUCGAUCAGUCGACCUUUGGCUUUCGAGCGUCCAUCAAACCAGCGUCUGCCGUCUGUUCGACUCAUACUGCACCUCGUGCCGCCGUAUCUCCGUUUGCGGUGCCUGCAACACAUCCUCAAGUGCCCGCGGAAACAACCAUACAACUCGGGCGAAUUGGGCCGAGAUACCUUUCACUUCCUCACGCAGCGCAACCUCGGCGGCUCGAAACCCGUUCCUGACGACAAAUGGGCGUCACAACGAAUUCAUCCAGCUGAACCUACCAUUGGCGUGGAGAAUUGCAAUGAGCUCUGUCCGUGGACUGUUCGAGAACAUCCGCCCUUGA